GCACCUCUCACUCUGGUCACACUGCUGUUUUUGUGAUCGCGAUUUUUUGUGAACGACGUGAAAAAUACGUUUAAUUAAGUUUAGUGCGACGAGUAAAUUAAGAAAUAAUAUUGAAACAAAGCCGAGCUUUUGGGUGUUUUGUGCGCGGAGUUGUGAGUGCGGGAGAAAGGCGAAACGAAAGCACAGCCAACGAAGAAAUCGGGGAAGGAAAGUGGGAAAAGAGCCACAGUGAAAAGCACCGAAAUAUCGAAACCACAAAACUGAAUGCCAGAAAACAAACAAAAGGCAGCGGAGCAACAAAGGAAAAUUAGCGAACGUGCGGUGAGUUUUAAUUAUUUGGUCUCCAGCUGUGACAGAUGAUGGCCUAAAAUGGCGGCUACACCACCAAUGCCGCCCGGAUCAAACACCCACCAAUUGAAUGGCAAACCGAACGCGAAGGGCAACCCCCUAGCCGAGGCAAUCAAUCAGCACUUUCAGCGGAAGAACCAGAACCGCAGUCCCAACCCCAACCCCAAUCAAAACCCGAACGCCAGCACUCCCGUCAGCCGCAGCGGGAGCAAUGAGCAGCUGGAGCUGCUGGAUCACCCAUCGCAUCCGCAGCAGCAGCAGGAAGCCGCCGGUGGCAAGGCCAAGCCCAGUUGUCAUUGCACCAACAUUAGUAUUAUGCACCUCUUCCAUGAGAUGAAGCAGGAGUUCCCCACGAUACCCGAUGCCAUUGUGACGCAAUGCGUCAAUGAGAAUUGCCAUCAGCGCGACAACUGCAUCCAGAUGUUGAGGAAGGAGCUAGCCCUGCAUCCCAUCGCAGUGCAAAGUUAUCCGGCCAAGGUGUUGCAACAGCAGCAGCAGCAGCAGCAUCAGAACAGGCAGGCCAAGCCGCCCACACCACUGAAGCCUUCGCGGGUGGCACCACCGCAGCCGGAAGUGGGCCAAAGCAAUGGAGUGGUUACUCCGCCACAUCCCAGGCCGCGACCCACCACGCUCAAUCUGCAGCGUCAGUUUAGCACCCAGCUGCAGCAGAAGAUCCAGCAGCGCCAACAGCGUCAGCAGAGGGACAACCAGCCGCCCCAGCUGACGCCCACGUCCUUGAGCAAGCCGCUGCGCCGGGCACCGCCCCUUCCGCCGCCGCCGAAGCCCAAGCCCGGCAGCUUCUCCAACGAUUCCUCCUGUCUCACCAGUCCCAUGAGCUCCAGCGAAUCGGAGCUCUCGCUCAAUGCGGUCUCCUUAUCGUCGCCUACGUCGGCGGCAGCAGCAACAGCGGCUACAGCGGCUAUCGCAUCGGCGCAACAACAACCCUCGCCCGUGCGACAUCGCUCAGUCAUUACGCUCCAGCCAGAGCCGCCGUACGCUCGCGACUUUCGCAGCAUUGACUUUCCGCCGACGACGACGACGUGUACGCCGCCACUACCCUCGCCCAGCUCGGCAGCAUCACCAGGUGUUGCUGCUGGCGGACGCAAGAGCUUCACCUCGCUUAAUCUCACCCUGCGCCAGCCGACGGGAUCGGCGCAAUCGGCCAUCGACAUCACAGCCGGCCCGGCACCCAGUGGCCAGGGCAGCGGGAUCACCUACUCCAGCGUCAGCUUUGAUGCGCGCCGGGGAACCCACAAGAAUUUCCAGCUGACAGUGACGGACGAGGGCAGUGUCUUCAGUGCGGGCUGCAUUCGUCCGAGAACUUCGUACGCCUCUGCUUGUGAACCGGUGGCCAGUGUUCCGGCGAAUCAGCAACCGCAGCCGCCACCAGCAGCACUGCUGGCCGAUGGACUUGGAAGCGCCGAUAUGGACGUCUUCCCAUAUCCCACGCAGGAGCAGAACCACAUUGUGGCCUCCAACUACAGUAACAACCAUGCGGCCAGCAAUAAUAACAACAACGGGAUCAGCAGCAGCGUGGACAGCAGUCCCACCAUGCCGCUCUACGAAGGAGUCAUGGAGGAGUGCGAUCGCGAAGUCCAUGCCGCCACCAUCGAGCGACAGAAGCAGCGGCGCGACAAGCUGGCCAAUGCGCUGAGGGACAACAAGAAGCGGCUGCUGGUCCUGGAGCAGGAGAUCAACAUCCUGACCGAGCCGGUGCCGGUGGGCGAAUCUGAAAGACUGGACAGAGAUAUCUUGCGACUGACUGAGGACUGCAAGCGGCUGCUAGACUGCAUAAACGAACCGCAGGCGAAUGGCUCUGGUCCCGCUGCCAAUCCCGCCAGCAACGUGCCCCAGCAGCAGCAGCCACAGCCAUUCUCGCGCCAGCAUCAAGGUGUUCGCGUCCAGGCGCCGCCCAAUUCACUGCGCCUGCACUCGGUGCCGGCAGCGCCCACCUCCCAGCCGGCCCUGGAUUUCGGCCAGCACCACAGCAGUGCUCCGACCUCGGCCUGCCUGACGCCGCAGCAGCAGCAGCAGCAGUUCCAGCUGCAGCAGGAGCCGCCGCCCACGUACGCCCAGUACUAUCAGUUCCAGCAAUAUCUGCAGCAGCAGCGACAGCAGCAGUUGCAGCAGUUGCAGCUGCAGCAGCAGCAUCAGCAACAGUUGCAACAGCAACAGCAGCCACCCGCUCAGCAGGAGGAGGAAUUCCUGUCCGACUCCGACGUGGACGAGGAGGAGGAGACGCUGGACUCGUGGGCCUGCAACAUGUGUACAUUCCGCAACCAUCCGCAACUAAAUAUUUGCGAGGCCUGUGAGAACGUUAGGAUCCAGCCGGCGCCUGUGCUGAGUCGUGAGGAUAUACAUAUAACUCUCUCGCCAGGAGAAAAUCGUAUUAUACACUCCUGGAUACUAUCAUGACAGUCGGCCAAACGAUCACCAUGAGAGCAUAGACAACUCCAGAGAUAACUGAAUUUCGCCUUAUUUUUCGAAAACUUACUCUAAGAAAUUGUAAAAAGUGUGAGGAAAUAUUUAGCCCAAAUGCUGCUGGCAGCAAUUAUUGUAUUUUCUUUAAGAGAUAAGCCACUAUCGUACUUUGAAUCCGUAAGAAAAGACUUUUAGUAACGUCGAAUCAACUGAAACUAGCUAAUGUUAAUCGUAAAGAAACCGUGUACAUUUUGUAAAUAUUUGCUAAGCUAACAGAUAAAUAUGAGUAAGAGUUUUUCUACAAGAGAAAAGGAAGAGGUCAACUAGCAAAGGAAAUUUUGUAAGCUUCUCGAAAGCAGCAUAUUUAACGACAUUAAACUGUAAAUUAAAAGAA